GAUGCAGUGAUCAUUUCCUGAAAGUUCAGAAGGGAUGACUUGGUACUACCGAGAUGGAUUUGCCUCUGAAACUUGAGAAGGGAGGAAUUCAUUACCAGAAUUAGGUGGUGGUUAUCUACAUAAGGAGAAAUAUAUGCAUAUAUUUAUCCUUUUAAUUCUCUUCUCAGCUGAGCAUUGGGUUUACUUCUGCUUAUCUGUAAGUGUAACCGUCAUGCCUCUUAGCAGAAAGUGGCGUUCUCUGGAUUUCUUUGGUUCUUUGGAAAACCUUCAUCUCCCAUACCACCCUCACAAACAUGGUCACAAGACUGAGCACAAACAAGAAGGAAGACAGGACAAGCACUCUGAUGGGCAUCAGAAGAGUUCAUUUCGUGCAAGACUAUCCAGUUUGAGUGACAAGAAUGAGUUAAAGCGAGAUGACUGGGAUGGCUCAGGAGUGGGAUUGGUUCAGCGCUGUGUCAUUAUUCAGAAGGAUGAGAAGGGCUAUGGUUUAACAGUUAGCGGUGACAAUCCUGUCUAUGUGGCAUCUGUCAAGCCUGAGGGAGCAGCUGCUAAAGCUGGUGUUCAGAAGGAUGAUCGCAUUGUUAAGGUGAACGGAACACUGGUUACCAAAUGCAACCACAUCGAUGUAGUCAAGCUCAUAAAAUCGGGCUCCUAUGUGGCGCUCACCUUGAUGGGUAGACCCAACCCAUCUUCACCAAACGCAGCCUCCUCUGCCAACUCUGCUUUCCUGUCCAGCGCCAACACACUGUCCACUCCAGCCACCAUCUCCAACCGCAGCUCUGUCAUCACUGCUCCUCAGCCUGUUGAUCCGGACAAGGACCGGGAACUAUGGGUGCAAAAGCUGCACAUGACACAGGCUAUGCACGAUCAGGCCAAAGAGGAUUUUGAGAAAUUACAGCGGCAAUAUGUACGAACCCCUACUGAACGACUGCACACAAACCUGCUUGAGAAAGAACGAACUGUCAAGACCCUUGAAAAGCAGCUGCAACAGCUAAAGGUCUUUGAAGAAGACUUUGCUGGCUCUAGCUUUGGUCAAGGUGUGCCGCACUAUCAAGACAGCAGCAUCACCUCCGCAGGCAGCAUCAGCAGCAUCAGCUCGUGGUACCCACGCAUACUUCUACGCGGGGACUCGAAGCAUGUCAAACAGGCAUCGGUGCCUGUCUCCUUGUAUAAGUCGUCGGGCGAGGGCGCUGGCCUGGGGCCCGACGCUCGAGCAGCCACACAUGUGAUGCGGUCCAAGUCCGAUGUUGCUUCCAGACGAAACCGUGCAGGGCUGACCCAGUCCACUUUCUAUGUAAGCAUCUCCCAGGCUGCCGGAACUGGCUGCGAGGGAGGUAAAGGCAUCCGUCGUAAACUGAAACGGGCAACAUCGCAACCAGUUUCAGACGCUGGCAGCAUGUCGGACUCACCUCAAACCAGUCCCAGUGUCUCACCUACACCGCUGCACCCUGCCAACCAGCAUGAUGCAGGCGACACCAGCAGCAUUUAUUCACGCAAUUAUUCAGUUGUUGAGGACCAAGCUCCUGUUUCUGCCGACAUAAUCACCAUUGAUGAUGAGGAUGUUAAUUCUGAGGAAGAACAGCUAAGUGUGAAUCCUUUCCUGGGCAGCCAAUUUCUCCAGUUGUUGCCAAGUUCCAAUCAGCUGAGGUGGUGGACACAGGCCCAUUCUCCGACAUCAGACAGCUGGAGAAAAAGCCUGCAUACAUGGCCGUUUUACUGCACUACAUGAUUUGUAACAGCGAUCCAGCUUGCGUGUUUUUCCACAUUGUGACAGAGGCCUUCAAACAAGCAACUGGGAGUGCAAAAGACCUAAGGAAAUGGGGAUAUGAAAUAUUCUCCACUUUUAUAGCACCAAAGGCU